GGGCUCCUCUGGAGGUUUCCACUUGCUCUGAUGCACUACCCCACUUACUGGUGCCCGUCCCUCUCCCUUUUCCUCUACUAGUUACCGGGAUUGGCCCGAAGCGCAUACCGUACACCAUCUACUACUAACAUUACUUCCAUUAACUACCCUACGCCCCCAAAUCUACCAUUGCCAUACAUCGACAGAGACCCGGAAUGGGGGGCGUGAUACAGUUUCUACGGAGGUCUAAGCAGGAAAUCCGGCGGAGCGUCAAUUACUACACUUCGAGAGAAAUCAUCAUACCCUGUCGGCGUUGUGAGCGAUGCGUCCCCAUAAAGGUUAUCGGAUUGUUGCUUGAACCGGACAAAGCGACCGAAUUUAAAUGCAGGCAUUGCAGCCAGGUGGUUGGCUUCACCGUGAGACGUCCGCCAACGCAAACAUCUUCACUGCCGCAGAACGAUGACCCAGCGGCUCCAUUUGAAUCGGGUUCAAGCGUACGGGCCAUAUACAAUGACCCCGUUUCUAUCGGUAGUGUAUGGCAUCCCGUUUUGUUGGUAGCCCCGGAUUGUAUACGCUACUGACCCGUCACAGCAAAUAUAUAUCGCGGAGACUGGCCACGCGGCCAACAGGGACUCGGAGUCCAACAGCGAAGUAAGGGAUGAGCCAGAAAACCUAUCCCCCUCCCGAAACCCUACACCUUCCAGCCCGAAAGGCAAGCAAAAGGCCCCGGCAAGAAAGGCAAGCGUGUCCCUCUCUGAGCGUCGAUCAACAUUCCGUAGCACGUCCAGUAGAGAGCUUCCCGAUCGAAGCUCAAGCGAAUACUUUGGUGAGGAUGGCUCCAUGGACGGGAACCCGCGGAGUCGUCGAAGCUCCGUGAGUUUGCCGAGGCGGCCCUCACCCACCCUCCGCCUCCACGACACCAUGGGCUUUGAUAGUAUGGCCGAUAAGCCAAUCCGGCGGAACUCUUGGAACUCUUCAAAGCAUUCCAUCGCUGGGCCCAGUCACCGCUCGUAUUCCCCGCCCCCGCCAAUUCCUCCCAUACCCGGGUCAACAACUCCCACUUCCGGUACUAUUUCAAGGCGGAGUACCUUGAAUCGGAGGUCAGAGGACUACAUAAUGGAUCCUUCAGCGAGUCUAAGACUUAGCACCGAAUCUAACAGCAGUCAAGACUGGCAGAAUCUACAAACACACCGCUCGUCGCCGGAUCCCGAGUUCGACCAAAGACGUGAGCUUCCCGUUGCAGUUGAUCGAAAUGUGUCCGGGAAACGACGUUCAGGGUCUCAACGAAGUCUUCACAGAGCCGCUGUCAAUAGGAGACAAAGCAUUCGUCUUGUGAGUCAAACGUAGCCCUCAACCAUGCUCCAAAGCUAACUCUACAGGAAAACGAGGACGAAUAUGAAGCCAUUUCUUCCGGCAUCAAGAGACGUGGCAGCAUAAGCUCCGAUUUCGAAGUCGAACCAUCCGACGAACAAGUCCGGCAUGCAACGCAGAUUUGGAGCGCGCCCAGAAAAUACGAAAAUGCGGAUGUCCAGUGGGCCCGUGAUAUCCUCAGAAGACACAAGAGUUGGAGAACCAUGAACAGCAAAUACCCUAACCCCCUCCAAACAAAUAGGGGGAAUGCUGAACAAUCUCAAAUACGACCGGACACCGACGAAGGAUUUGGUUCCAGCACAAACCAUCAUCCUCAGCAGCCGCAUCCAUUGACCAUACCGGUGUUUUCAGGUUCUACCCCAGGGUUUACAGGAACCAAUAUUCCUACCCCUGUGGAAGAGGAGCCGGAUUCUGUCGGGUUCAGGUAUGAAACAGCUGCCAACAGAUCUUCACAGGAGCCCAGAGAGCGGCCUGGAGAUGAUCCAGGGCCUUCGGAGUUCUCAUUCGCCGGCACUCCCCAUGCCGAUAACAUCCAAGCGGGACCUAAUAAUUUCGGGAGUUUGGCUCCUCCUGAUGACGGCGAUGCACCUAAUCAAGAAGCUAUCCCGUCGGAAGUGCCUAGACCCCAGCUAAACCCUCGCUACGCAGCCCGAAGGUUGAGGCGACGCUGCAGAAAGGCGCUGAAGGCCAUUGCGCGCAAAAUAUCUUCGUUCCGCCGGAUUCCAAACCGCUCAGCGGCCCAGACGCCCACGGCUGCAGCAACCGCCACUAGCUAUCCUCAGCAUGGUUCCAGUAUGGGCCCAAGGAAUCCGGUGGUUCCGGCAGUUCCGGAGAACUCGAGGCCCACAUCCAGCAACCAAGACUUGGAGAUGCACGAAGCGCCGUCUGAUGGUGCUGUUGAAGCAGAAGCCAGCACGCAGUUCUACUCAGGCGAAAUCACUCAGGAUCCUUCUGAGGAAGAGGUUAGCCAAGUUGCUAGCGAUAUAGCCCUUACCAUCAACGGCAUGGUCGCCCCGUUAAUACAAAUGGAAUUUGAAGCAACACCUCUACAGCUAGGGUUCGCUGCCCGGCAAGUAUCAAUGUAAAGCAUAAGCUAUGUUCUAUGUUUCUCCUUUGUCCUUUGUCCCUUUCUUUCCCUUUUCGUUCCUGCUAUUCGAUCACGGAGGGUCUUUUCUUUUACAUCUCAUGUUACACGACAGAUAUUUAAGAUUUAGGCUCCAUGUUUUACAAAGAGAGGGAACGUACGGGCAUCCUCGCCUUUGACCUGUUUGCGCUGUUACUUGGCGGUUGUUGGUAGGAUUAAUGUUUGGUGUCAAAAGGGAUUUUCCUUAUCAUACAUAUCUUAGGGAUAGUUAUAUAACCUGUCUAAUCCUGCUGGUGUACGCAUUGGAAAUGUAUAAGUAUUCCAUGCACUUAACUUGUAAUCUUAAUAAAAAGAACAAGAUGUUUCAUUGGG